CCCUGCUGAGGAGCUGGCGGGGAGACAAAUGGAAAGACAUAAUGAAGUCUCCAUGUCACGUGAGCAGAGUUUUUGGCAGUCUGGCUGAAUUAAGACCAUAAUCCUUUACGGAAAUCAUUCUACACGGAACUAUUCACAAUAAACAUGAAAUUAAAAGCGUGAUGUAGUAGUGACCCAAAAGGAAUGUGAAUUGUUCUCCAGGACCCGCGGAGACCCGUGGAUGAACUAUUGCUGGAGUCCCGCUCCAGCUUUCCUGAGAGUCAGGAUGAGCAAGAGGCACUUCAGUGUGGGCCAGCAAACGAGGGCGCUUCUUGGCAAGAAUUUUCUUAGGAAAUGGAGGAUGAAAAGAGAGACCUUGUCGGAAUGGCUCUUCUCAAGCCUUCUAGUGCUGUUUGCUCACCUGCUUUCCUCUAAUUUACACCAAGUUAAUGACUUCCCUCAACUGCCUGCUGUGGACUUGGGACGUGUAGAUAAUUUUAAUGAUUCUGAUUACGUUAUUGCAUUUGCUCCUGAAUCCAAGACCACCCAGGAGAUAAUGAACAAGUUGGCUUCUGCCCCUUUCAUAAAAGGAAGAACCAUCUCGGGCUGGCCUGAUGAACAGAGCAUGGGUAAGCUGGAGCUAAACUAUUCUACAGAUGCCGUGAGAGUCAUCUUUAACAACACCUUCUCAUACCAUUUGAAAUUUUUGUGGGGACAUAGAAUCCCCACAAUGAAGGAGCACAGAGACCAUUCAGCUCAUUGUCAAAUAGUGGAUGAAACUGUCAUAUGUGAAGGUUCUUUGUUCUGGGAGAAAGGCUUUGUAGCUUUUCAAGCUGCUAUUAAUGCUGCCAUCAUAGAAAUCACAACAAAUCAUUCAGUGAUGGAAAAACUGAUGUCAGUGACCGGUAUAAAUAUGAAGAUACUACCUUUUGUUGCCCAAGCAGGAGUUAUGACUGAUUUUUUCAUUUUCUUCUGCGUUAUUUCUUUUUCUGCCUUCAUAUACUAUGUAUCAGUCAGUGUUACACAAGAAAGACGGUUCCUGAAGCCAGUGAUGACAGUGAUGGGACUCCGAGAGUCAGCCUUCUGGCUGUCCUGGGGUUUGAUGUACACUGGCUUCAUCUCUAUCACGGCCGCUCUGAUGGCCCUUAUAGUGACAUAUGCCCCAGUGGUCGUCCUGACUGGCUUCACGGUGGUCUUCACCCUCUUUCUCCUCUACGGCCUGUCUUUGACGACGCUGGCUUUCCUUGUGAGCGUGCUGGUGAAGAAGCCCCUCCUGACGGGGCUGCUGGUCCUCCUCCUCACUGUCCUCUGGGGGAGCCUGGGGUUCGCAGCUCUGUACAGACAGCUCCCCGCGGCUUUGGAGUGGACCUUCUGCCUCCUCAGCCCCUUUGCUUUCACCGCUGGAAUGGCCCAGCUUAUCCAUUUGGACUAUGACGUGAAUUCUAACAUCCAUUCGGAUUCUCCAAACGACCAGUACCUCAUAAUAGCUACUAUCUUCAUGUUGCUUUUUGAUGCUCUUCUCUAUUUGGUAUUGACAUUGUACUUGGACAAAAUUUUGCCCACUGAAUACGGACAGCAGCAGCCUCCCUGGUUUUUCCUGAAGUCCUCUUCUUGGUUCCAACGCCGAAGGGCUGAUCGUGCAGCCCUUGAGGAUGACAUUGAUCCAGAUUUUCCAUCCAAUGACUGUUUUGAACCAGUGUCUCCAGAAUUCCAUGGGAAAGAAGCCAUCAGAAUAAGAAAUCUUAAAAAGGCAUAUGGAAAAGGCAAGCACGAAAAAGUAGAAGCUUUGAAAGGCCUGGUAUUUGACGUAUACGAAGGCCAGAUUACGGGCAUCCUCGGUCACAGCGGAGCUGGGAAAACCACGCUGUUAAAUAUACUCAGCGGACUGUCAGCCCCAACGUCAGGGUCCGUCACCAUCUACAAUCACUCACUUUCAGAAACGGCUGACCUAGAACACAUCAGCAAGCUCACUGGAGUCUGCCCACAAGCCAACGUGCAAUUUGGCUUCCUCACCGUGAGAGAAAACCUCAGGCUCUUUGCUAAGAUAAAAGGGAUUCAGCCACAUGAAGUGGAGCAACAGGUCCAACAGGUUUUACAGGAUCUGGACAUGGGAAGCAUUCAAGACGUUCUUGCUCAAAAUUUAAGCGGUGGACAGAAGAGGAAACUGACAUUUGGGAUUGCCAUUUUAGGAGAUCCCCAGGUUUUGCUGCUGGACGAGCCGACUGCGGGCUCAGAUCCUCUUUGGAGACACCGGGUGUGGAACCUCCUGCGGGAGAGGAAGUCAGACCACGUGGUCCUCUUCAGCACGCCGUUCAUGGACGAGGCUGACGUCCUGGCUGACAGGAAAGUGUUUAUGUCCAACGGAAGGCUGAAGUGUUCCGGCUCUUCUCUGUUCCUGAAGAGGAAAUGGGGCAUCGGCUACCAUCUAAGUUUGCAUCUGAAUGAGACGUGUGAUCCAGACAGUGUAACAUCGAUUGUUAAACACCACAUCCCCGAUGCCAAAUUAACAGCCCAAAGUGAAGAAAAGCUGACAUAUAUUCUGCCUUUGGAAAGGACAAACAAAUUUCCAGACCUAUAUAGGGAUCUUGAAAGCUGUUCCAACCAGAGCAUUGAGAAUUAUGGUGUUUCCAUGACAACAUUGAAUGAAGUGUUCUUAAAAUUAGAAGGAAAAUCAGCUAUUGACGAAUCAGGAACUGGAGUUUGGGAACAGAGUGACAGGACAGAUGACCCAGGCAGCCUCGCCGAGCCGGAACAAGUUGCGCCGUCCUUCGGCGAGGCGAACGGCACGGUCGGCGGCCUGGCCCUCUGGCGGCAGCAGCUCUGUGCAGUGGCCAAAGUCCGCCUCCUGAAGCUAAAGAGCGAAAAGCGAGCCCUGCUGGCCAUAUUACUGCUUUUUGGCAUUACCUUUGGUCCUCAGCUUUUGGAGCAUCUGUUCUACCGGUUACAUCAAAAAAGCUAUUCUUGGGGACUAUCUCCAAACAUGUACUUCCUCUCCCAGGGUCAACCACCUCGAGCCCCGCUGACCCGCUUACUGGUCAUCAACAGAACAGGGUCAAGCAUUGAUGACUUCAUACAGUCACUGAGGCACCAAAACAUCGCUUUAGAGGUGGACGCCUUUGGAACCAGAAAUGGCCCCAGUGAGUCAUCAUACAACGGGGCCAUCACCGUGACAGGAGAUGACAAGGAUCCCAGAUUUUCAAUAGCCUGUAACACCAAAAGGCUGAAUUGCUUUCCUGUACUCAUGGACAUCAUUAGCAAUGGGCUACUUGGAAUGCUUAAUUCUUCAGAACACAUUCAGACAGACAGAGGCACAUAUUUUGAGGAGCACACGGCUUACGAGCACGGGUACCUGAGCAUGGCCUUCUACUGGAUCCCCGGGAUGGCCUGCUUCACUCCGUACAUCUCUAUGGGCAGCAUCGGCGACUAUAAAAAAAAAGUUUACUUCCAGCUGCGGAUUUCAGGCCUCUACCCUUCCGCUUACUGGUUUGGGCAGGCACUGGUGGACGUUCCCCUGUACCUUUUGAUCCUCCUUCUAAUGCAAAUAAUGGAUUACGUUUUUAGCCCAGACGAGUUUGAGUUUAUCAUUCAAAACCUGGCAGUUCAGACCCUGUGUAUAAUUGGCUAUGUCUCAUCUCUUGUUUUCUUGACAUAUGUGAUUUCAUUCAUUUUUCGCCAUGGGAGGAAAAAUAGUGGCAUUUGGUCAUUUUUCUUCUUAAUUGUCACCCUCUUCUCCAUUGUUGCUAAUUAUCUGAACGAACACGCAUUUCUAGGGCUGUUUCUCUGCACCAUAUUGAUACCACCCUUCACGCUAAUUGGCGUUCUACUCAUUUUUUCUGAGAUUUCUCCUGACUCUGUGGAUUACCUGGGGCCUUCUGAACAGCAGGUGGCAUUUCUGACAGUACUAAUCCCUUAUCUUCAUUUCUUCAUCUUCCUCUUUAUCUUAAGAUGUCUGGAGAUGAAAUUCAGGAAGAAAUCAAUGAGAAAGGAUCCUGUGUUCAGAAUUUCCCCAAGGAGCAGUGCUGUCUUUCCAAACCCAGAGAAACCCGAAGGAGAGGAUGAAGACGUCCAGAUGGAAAGAAGCAGAACAGCGGACGCCGUGGCCGCCCCGGACUCGGAGGAGAAACCUGUCAUCGUGGCCAGCUGUCUGCGGAAGGAAUAUGCAGGCAGAAAGAAAAAUUGUUUUGCCAAGGGGAAGAAGAAAGUAGCCACAAGAAAUGUCUCUUUCUGCGUGAAAAAAGGUGAAGUUUUAGGGCUCUUGGGACACAACGGAGCAGGUAAAAGCACAACCAUCAAGAUGAUAACUGGAGAGACGAGACCAACCUCAGGGCAGGUGCUGCUCGCGGGGGGCAGCGGAGGGGCGCCCCUGGGGUUCCUGGGGUACUGUCCCCAGGAGAGCGCGCUGUGGCCCAGCCUGACGGCGAGGGAGCACCUCGAAGUGUCGGCCGCCGUGAAAGGGCUGCGGGGGGCGGACGCCGCAGCCGCUAUUGCCAGGCUGGCGGACGCGCUGAAGCUGCAGGACCAGAUGGCGCUCCCCGCCAAGGCCUUACCCGAAGGGGCGAAGAGAAAGCUGAGCUUCGCGCUGAGCGUCCUGGGGAGCCCGGCCGUGCUGCUUUUGGACGAGCCGACGACGGGGAUGGACCCGGAGGGGCAGCUGCGGAUGUGGCAGCUGAUCCGGGCCUCCGUUAGAAACGCGGCGAGGGGCGCCCUGCUGACCACCCACUCCAUGGCCGAGGCGGAGGCCGUGUGCGACCGUGUGGCCGUCAUGGUGUCCGGGAGCCUGAGGUGCGUCGGCUCCAUCCAGCAUCUGAAGAGCAAGUUCGGCAGAGAUUACCUGCUGGAGAUGAAGCUGAAGAGCCUGGCGCAGCUGGAGGCUCUGCACUGCGCGGUCCUGAGGACCUUCCCCAGGGCUGCUCGGCAGGAGAGGUUCGCCUCCCUCGUGGUCUACAAGUUGCCUGUUGAGGAUGUGCACCCUUUAUCACACGCCUUCUUCAGUUUAGAGACAGUUAAACAGAGCUUCGACCUGGAGGAGUAUAGCCUCUCCCAGUGCAGCCUGGAGCAGGUAUUCCCGGAGCUCUCCAAGGAGCAGGAGCUGGAUGAUUUAAAGGAGGAACUUGACCCCUCAGGGAGGCAGAAGUUCCUCCCACAGGAAGAGCCUUGAAGCCCCAAACCCCCCAUGUUCCCCUUUGAGCCUGUGGUUGUUUACUCAGACAUUCAUUUUUAUAGCAUCAGUGUCAUAUUUGUAGAGACCACAGUGUAAGCAUUGAUGUGGUUCUCUGUGGGUGGAGAGGAGGCGUGAGUGCCGGAUCAGUGCAGUGAUGACGUGGGCAGAGGCAUGUGGCUGAGCCCAGCCUGCAGGAAUGUCUUAGUGUCUCUGCA